GUCUGGGAACUAGUCAAGUGACCCAUUAAUAGAGGCGUUCGUUACUUAGGGUCCAAUGUAAUGUUCCAAGCAGUUAAAUUAUCGUAAAAUGAGAUCGACUGUAGCAAUUAAACAAUUAUUUAAUCAAGGAUUUUACCGCUCGAGGACUAAAUACUCAAACAUUCGUAUUAUUUAUAGACAUUUUAGUUGCUCAUCUAGUGGGUCUGGUUCGCCCAGGCAAAGCUCUCAGAAUCCUCGAGUGUGCAUUGUUGGAGCGGGUCCUGCUGGAUUCUAUACUGCACAGCAGAUACUCAAGUCACAUGAUUCAGUCCAUGUAGAUAUAAUUGAGUGUUUACCAAUUCCGUUUGGUCUUGCAAGAUUCGGCAUCGCACCAGACCAUCCAGAAACAAAGAACUGCAUCAACCAAUUCACUACAACUGCUUUGUCAGAAAGAUGCUCAUUUUAUGGGAACAUUAAUGUUGGGAAAGACGUCAAAGUCAGUGACCUACAGCAAGCUUAUGAUUCAGUUGUCCUGUGUUAUGGAGCAGAAGAUGACAGAAGACUUGGGAUCCCAGGAGAGGAUUUACAUGGAGUGUAUGCAGCAAGAGCUUUUGUUGGCUGGUAUAAUGGACUACCAGAAAACAUUGAAUUGUCUCCAGAUCUGAGCUCAGAAACAGCAGUCAUCCUUGGACAAGGAAAUGUAGCUCUGGAUGUGGCAAGGAUCCUUUUGUCUCCAAUCAGUUUUCUUGAGCAAACAGAUAUCUGUGAACAUGCUAUUGAGGCCUUGAAGUUGAGCAAAGUAAAGACUGUGUACAUUGUUGGAAGAAGAGGACCUUUACAGGUUGCCUUUACGAUCAAGGAACUACGAGAGUUAACCAAAAUAGCAGGGACAAGGGCAGUGUUCCCUCCUGAUGACAUGAAGCCAAUGAAAGAAGUUCUUCCCAAAAUUCCAAGAUCACGUAAAAGGUUAACAGAAUUGAUGUACAAAAUUGCAUUAGAAGAACAUACUCCUCAAGAGACUGAACGGCGUCUCCAGGCAACCACUGAAUGGCGAGUCAAGUUUUUACGGAGUCCAGUGGAAAUUUUUUCAAUGAAUGAUGGGUCACGUGUUGAAGGAAUAAGAUUAGAAAUAAACAAACUAGUAGAGUCUCCUGCAGGUGUGGCUCGUGCUGAAGGGACCGGGCAAACAGAAGAUGUACCAUGUGGACUGGUGUUUCGUAGCAUUGGGUACAAAAGCGUCCCAAUCGAUGAUACGGUCCCUUUCGAUCAUAAAAAUGGCAUCAUACCAAAUGAAGAUGGCAGAGUCCUUGGCACCACUGGUCUAUAUUGCAGUGGAUGGGUACGACAUGGACCUGUUGGGGUCAUCGCCACAACAAUGAACGAUGCGUUUGCAACAGGAAAACUAGUGGUCCAAGAUCUUAACGCAGGAAUAUCGAGUCACAGUGCAUCUGAACGAGGUCUGACAGCAAUCCAAGGAUUACUAGAAAAGAAAGGGAAUGAAAUAGUUCGUUUCGACGAAUGGGAGAAGAUUGACAGAAAAGAACAAGAGCGAGGAAAGAAAAAUGGAAAACCACGAGAAAAAAUAGUAUCCACUAAAGAAAUGUUACAAGUAGCGAAAGGAUAAAAGGAUGAAGAAAUAAAAGGUUGAUGUGCUUGUA